AAAAAAUAUAAAUGCACCGGAAAGAGAAAGUCCAAGUCAGACUAUCAUCAAAUUUUGAAUAGAAGUUUUGGUACUCCUAGCGUUAUCGUGUUAAAUGAAUUUUUACGCAGUUCUCCUUGUAUUUAUUUCGGUGUACGUAGCAGAUUCGAGAACUUAUGCUGCAAUUACCUGUGGCCCGGAUGACAUUUAUUUGACAAAUCCUGCUGAUUGUGGUUCAUAUUAUCAAUGUUCUAAUGGAGUACCUUAUCUCCAGCAUUGUGCACCCACUCACAGCGGAUCAUUGGUUUUCGAUCCAAGCUUAAACGUUUGCGUUCAGCCCAGUGAAUACGAUUGUGCGAAAUCAGUGACAAUAACAAAAUCUCCAGAAACAACAACAGAACCUCCUGAAACAACAACCGAACCUCCAGAAGCUCCGACAGAUCCUCCAGAAGUUGCAACACAGCCUCCAGAAAUAACGGUAGAACCUACGGAAGGUGAAGCAUUUGGUCCAUGUCAUGGUAACAGCUAUUUCGUGAAUCCUGAUGAUUGUGGCUCAUUUUUUCAAUGUGAAGAUGGGGUGACUAAUCUAAUCCAUUGUCCACUCACUCAUAGUGGAUCAUUGGUUUUCGAUCCAAGUUUAAACGUUUGCGUUUGGCCCAGUGAAUACGAUUGUACGAAAUCAGUGACAACAACACAACCUCCAGAAACAAUAACAGAACCUCCAGUAACAACCACAGAACCUCCAGAAACAACCACAGAAACUCCAGAACCUGUAGAAGCAACAACAGAAGCAUUUGGUACAUGUCAUGGUCACACCUAUUUGGUGAACCCUGACGACUGCAGGUCAUUUUAUCAAUGUACUAAUGGAGUGGCUGAACUCAUCCAUUGUCCAUCCACUCAUGAUGGGUCUUUGGUUUUCGAUCCAAGUUUAAACGUUUGCGUUUGGCCCAGUGAAUACGAUUGUACAAAAUCAGUGACAACAAUUGAACCUCCAGAAACAACAACAGAACCUCCAGAAACAACACCAGAUACAUUCAAUCCUUGUCAUGAGUUUAGUCACCCUACAACUUGUCUGAGUUCACCAAAUAAUUGCUCGUUCUGCUUCGAUACCUGUUUCCGCGAUGGUGCUGUCGACAUGAUUCGUUGUGAUAAAUAUGAAAAUCUACUUAAGGCUGGCUGUCAUACGUUCAAGCUUAAUCGAACAGAAUACGAUUCUGUGGUAAAGACAAGUCCUAACUGCAGUACUUGGUUACCGUUAGAGCCUGGUAAAAAGCGAAAAUUUUCAGUAACAUUCAGCUUGGAAAAACAUCCGCUAGACUUGUAUUACCUUAUGGAUUUUUCCGGGUCUAUGUCCGAUGACAAAUCAAAUCUUAUCACGCUUAGUUCAGGACUUCUCGAAACACUCGCAAAUUUGACUGAUGAUUUUCACAUUGGGUUCGGUACUUUUGUUGACAAACCAAUAUCUCCAUUUGGUGCACGUGGAGAUUAUAGCUUUCACAACGACUUUCCGUUGACUUCUGAGACCGAUGGUUUCGUAACGAAAAUUAGUGAUAUACCAAUCAAGGGUGGUGGUGAUGGGCCUGAGUCACACGCAGAUGCUCUAGUUCAAGUAGUUGAAUGUUCCGAUCAAAUCGGUUGGAGAAACAACACCAGACGAGUUGUUUUAUUGGCUACGGAUAUUUAUUUUCAUAUUGCGGGUGAUGGACGAAGAUCCAAUAUAAACGAUCCAUAUGUUGAUGGAUGUUAUUUAGAUUCCCUUGGUGCCUAUACUGAAGAACUAACGAUGGACUAUCCGUCUGUAGAGCAACUUGCAAACGCUUACUCUAAAAAACAAGCCACAACAACAGCCAUAUUUGCAACCGGCUCCAGUACAGUAAAGUUUUACGAAGAAGUUGCUUCCCAGUUUAAGUCUGCAUAUGUUGGCGUUCUGAAGACAGACUCGUCAAAUGUUCUCGAGCUAAUCAAAAAUGAAUUUGCCAAAAUUGACUCCAGGAUGGAAAUCGAAAAAAGUGAUACGACGGACUCGGUUUCGUUUAAAUAUUUUUCCAAUUGCAUGAAUUCUGAUGAUGAACGUGAGACCACAAUUUGUGAACAUUUGCCGAAAACGGGUGAGGUUACCUUCGUUGUGGAAAUUGAUUUGGCAGAGUGCCCUUCGGACAAAGACGAAACUGGUAUGAAGUUUGAUCUGAAUCCGGUUGGGCUGCCAAUUUUCAUUGAAGUGGAAUUGAGUUAUCUAUGCGAUUAAUUCAUUUCAAAUUGAUGAAGAAAUGACGUGAGAAAUGAGCAUUCAAAUCAUUUAAUUAAAAUAUAACUAUCAAAUGCA